CUUCCUGCUUUUGGAAAAGGGAAAUUUCCCUGUCAUCAGAGUGCAUUUGUGGAAUGAUUUAAGCUUCCUUUAAUACGUCAGAAAUAUAAAGAAUCCUUAUUUUGGUGUAUUCUUCAACUGUAAGUCGAUGGUUUGUAUUUUUUUCAAAAGUCAUCAUUCCUUGGAUGUUCUUCGGUAAAAGUAAGCGUUAAGCAAUUCGUUUUGUGCACAAGUACGGUCUACAACCCGACUACAAAUAAGCAAUCAUGUCUAAUGAUGACAAGCAAAAACGUCUGAAUGAUCAGAUACGAAAACUGCCAUAUUCAAUUAUACAAAAGCUGGCUCAAUUUCUUGAUGACCCUGAUGAUAACACCAUGAACUGGAAGGCUCUCAUAGCUGCGAUGCCUGAUGACACCUACACAAAACAACAGGUAAAUCAGUUUGACAGAGCUGGAAUGAACAGAGGUGGUAGCUCAACUGAAGCAUUGCUGCAAGAUAUGGGUCACAAAUGUAAAACUGUCAAACAGCUAGUCGCUUAUCUGGAGGCUAUUGGACACAUGGAAGCACUUGAACUUCUGAAACCUGAUGAGGCAGUGGAAAUAAUUGACCAUCCAAAGUCGCAAGUCGUACAGGAAGGCAAGAAAGUAGAAAUAGUGUGUAAGGCCAUAGGAUUCCCACCACCUCAGUUUUUGUGGCUGAAAGAUGGAGCUGAGUUUCGACAUGGUUGUGAUAACAAACUAGUUUUUAAAAGUGUCCAAGUAAGAGACAGCGGAAAAUAUACAUGCAUCGUGAGUAAUCCAUUGGGGACUGAAAAAUCCAAGGUUGCUGAACUUCAGGUACAUGGAACACCAAAAUGUACUCAUCCUCCAACGAUUGUUGAACAUCCACUUUCUGCAGUUAUCCCGGUUGGUCAAGACUAUGCUUUGGCUUGUCGCGCAAAGGAGACUUGUAACUAUCAGUGGUUCAAAGAUGGCUUUGAGCUUUGUGACGAGCGUUCUCAAGAAAUAAGAUUUUUCCCCUUUAAAUAUCAAGAUGAGGGAAACUACGCGUGUAGAGCAUUCAACACUGAAGGCGAUGCUUUGUCUAGAAUAGCAACUCUGCAGUCUUAUACAGAUCCAUCAGAGGCGAUGAGGAUCAGAAAUCCAGGACAAAGACCGCUGGAAUUGACUCAAAUUGCUGACGAUAAAGUGGCGCUUGUUAUUGGUAAUCGCGAUUAUAUUAACCUUCCUCGUGGUGAAAGUCCUUUGGUACACACCUGCAGCGAUGCCAGAACAAUAGCUUCCAUUCUGAGACAGAAAUGUAUGGGCUUCAAAGUCAUUUCAUUGAUAAAUUUAACGCACAGCGAAAUGAACAAGGCCAUAGAUAUUUUUUGCGACCUUUUAGGAGAAAAUGUCUAUGGAUUACUGUAUUUCGCCGGUCAUGGAUUUGAAGACCGAGGUCAAAACUACAUUGUUCCUAUAGAUGCUGAGACGGACUGGACUCCAGAUAGAGCUAUAUGUGUUCAAGAAAUCCUACUCAGAAUGCACGAAAAAAGAACGUCUUUCCACCUUUUCUUGCUAGACAUAUGUAGAAAAAUGACGAAUACAAAAGAUGCUUAUCCAGUAACGACUUACCCUUUUCCUCAUGAGGCCCAAGUUGUGUAUGGUUUUGCAACGAGUCCAGGGCACGAAGCCUAUGAACGUAAGAGUGACGCGAAUGGAGUGUACAUGAAGCACUUGGUGCGCAGUAUUAUGAUCGAUAAAAAGGUAGAAGAUGUUCUCUCCCUGGUUGCUGCAGACAUUGAAGCCGAAGUAGAAGAUGAUGAAUACGUAUCCAGAAUGCGUCCCCAGUAUUACAGUAAAACAGCUCGUGCAUACAGCUUGAUGGAUCCAGUCAGAGAGAAUUCGCCGAUGUCUCAACAAAGAAGUGAAAAAUGGCUUUACAUGCAUAAACUCCCACAGAAACAAGUGCUGGAGUAUCGAGGUAUUAAGCUAGAGAUUCGAUUUGAACACACAAACUGGCUAUCCAAUGUUAUUUUAGUGUGUUUGCGAGUAUUAGACCUUGGAGAUGCCACGAUGUGUGACGCCAAUCUCGCACACCUACAAAAAGAAUUUGAGGAAUGUCAUUUCCACCCUUCCACGACAAAUAUACUGAGGCAUGUUGUUCCGCCUGAAACUGUAGCUCGAACAUGGCCUAUGAAUAACACGCCAGAACGUAUAGCCCCCGUUCCUGUGGAGCGAAUCAGUGAGAUCUAUAACAUUCAAAGACUCGAGAAGAACCUGACGCUGACGAUUGAGUUAAAAUACGUGAUGAAAGGAAGCCAAGAGGAGCAAACAAAAUAUGAAAUCAAAGCUUUCAAUCUGAAAGAGUUUGGCAUGGCACACGUAUUUAGUUAAAUGAUGUUCACUUUAUAUCCAAGGCUGCAUGUACAAAGUAGCUUUCGAAAACCUGCUGCGAUGGUUGCACGUCUGUAUUCCUUCAUCAUAUUCACAAAUCUCAAGCACUGGCAGUCUUUUGUCAAUAUUAAUUUAAGGAAAGCUAUAAUUAGACUUUUCUCUCUCUUCAGUUUUUAGUGCUAGAUUUCAUUCCAAAGAGAAUAAAAUAGCAAAAAUAUGGUCAACAUGUUAGUUCAUGUGACAAAAGAAAGCAAAGGAUUCAAAACUCUUUCAGUUGAACCGUACUACUGAUAUAAACACAAUGCUCCUUUUCCACCCCCAAUAACAACACGUACACUGUGAUAAUAACAGUGGCGGAUCCAGGGGAGAGGUGCAGGGGGUGCGCACCCCUCUCUGGUUCGACUUUGUCCCCCUACUUCAAAGAUUUGACCAGUACAAAAUAAUAUUUUUUCCCUUUGAUUCUAAGGGGUGCACCCCUCCCUGGGUUAACUGUGUGUGCUGCAACCCUUCCUGAACAAAUUUCUGGAUCCGCCCCUGAAUAAACAAUCCCCUGAACCUAUUUGCUAAAGAAUAAAUAGAUUAUAAUGUUAUGAAAAUGAUACAAUUUUCCUUUUUAUGUAGAUUUUAGGUCUAAAGAAUCAUUUGAAUGUUUUAAGAACCAAUUUGCUCAUAUUUGACUGUAUUUUCAAUGUGCACGUAAAUGCUCCAAGAGCCUGUUUGUUGUGUGCAAAGACAAAUAAAUAUCUUUGGUUUGAGUA